AACAGAGAGAGAGGUGCUCUGGAGUUCCCCACUCCUAUCCCAAACAGGUUGAGGUCCCAGCUGAGGCUCACCCCCAGGACAAGCCCCUCGGCCCCAGUGAAUGUCACUGUCAGGCACCUCAAGGCCAACUCGGCGGUGGUGAGCUGGGAUGUCCUGGAGGAUGAGGUUGUCAUCGGAUUUGCCAUCUCUCAGCAGAAGAAGGACGUGCGGAUGCUGCGCUUCAUCCAGGAGGUGAACACCACCACCCGCUCUUGUGCCCUCUGGGACCUGGAGGAGGACACUGAGUACAUUGUGCACGUGCAAGCCAUCUCCAUCCAGGGCCAGAGCCCGGCUAGCGAGCCAGUGCUCUUCAAGACCCCACGUGAGGCAGAGAAGAUGACCUCUAAGAACAAAGAUGAGGUGACCAUGAAGGAAAUGGGGAGGAACCAACAGCUGCGGACGGGUGAGGUGCUCAUCAUCGUGGUGGUCCUGUUCAUGUGGGCGGGUGUCAUCGCCCUCUUCUGCCGCCAGUAUGACAUCAUCAAGGACAAUGAACCUAACAAUAGCAAGGAAAAAACCAAGAGUGCAUCAGAAACCAGCACACCAGAGCACCAGGGCGGGGGUCUUCUCCGCAGCAAGGUGAGGGCAGCAAGGGUGGGCGGCCGGUGGCUUGUGCACUGGUCAUCCCUGGACUGCAGAAGGGGUCAGCUCAGGGCCUGGCAUUGCUGCAGCCGGACAGAGCCAAGCUUGGCCUCUGCUUGUGUGACACAGGGGACAAUGCAAAUUGAUUUUGGAUCCUUUCCUUUUGCAGGCUGCCAGAGGUGGUUAAAAAAAAAAAAAGACAGCGAGUAG